UACGCUUUCUCUUUGAUCACGCACCAAUUCAAAUUAAAGCAUUAUAUUUCACUUAAUUACAAAUAUGGAUUGCUCAACCACACUUCCAUUCCUCCUCAUCCUCCUCCUCGGCCUCUUCACACCCAGUAGCUCCGCCGUCAACUUUGAAGUUCAUAACAACUGCCCCUUCACCGUAUGGGCGGCAGCAACCCCAAUCGGCGGCGGCAAACCACUCGACCCAAACCAAACCUGGAACAUCAACGUGCCAGCCGGCACCACCACGGCCCGAAUAUGGGGCCGCACGAAUUGCAACUUCGACGGUAGCGGAGCGGGUUCAUGCCAGACCGGCGAUUGCGGCGGCGCGUUGCAGUGCACCGCGUGGGGCAAAGCGCCCAACACCCUGGCUGAGUUCGCCCUGAACCAGUAUAACAACUCCGACAUUUUGGACAUCUCGCUCAUCGAAGGAUUCAAUAUCCCCAUAAGUUUUGCGCCCACCACGGCCGGGGGCGGCGACAAAUGCCGUCCAAUCUCUUGCCAGGCUGAUAUCGUCGCCCAAUGCCCCGGCCCUCUCAGGGAUCCUGGAGGGUGUAAUAACCCUUGCGGCAGUGGAGCAUGUGAUCCAGUUUAUUCGGACUUUUUCAAGACUAGAUGCCCUAAUGCUUUAACUUCCUCUAAGGAUGAUACCAAAAGCAAUUUCAUUUGCCUUGCAGGAAGUACUGAUUAUAGUGUUGUCUUCUGCCCAUGAAAUUAGUCAUGCAGAGAUAUUUGUACAAGUAUAAAUUCUUUAUAAUAUAAUGUUAUGAAUAAAUUGUAGACCGGUCUUGAGAUCUUUGUUGAAAACGUUUAAUUACGUUGAAGUAAAGUAUAUAAUGCAGGUCAUAAAAUGUAAAUCAGAACUAUUUUCUCA